AUGCUUGUUGUAGAUAACUCUGGUCGUUCUACGUGCAAGCUGUGUGGCGUUUCGCUUCGCACGACCUACCUGCGCAGGCACGUGGAAAACAAGCACGUGCCCUCGGAGCAGGUGGAGUGUGUGCACUGCAACAAGAUGUUCAAGUCCAAGAGCAGCCUGCGCCCGCUCGGGGACAAACUGAGGUGUGGCUCGCGGUGCGACUACUGCGGCAAGCUCUUCAACAAGUACGCGCUGCGCACGCACAUCCAGGACAUGCACAUGCCCACGGUUUCGGAGCCGUGCCAGUUCUGCCACAAGCUGUUCCGCUCCCGGAACAGCCUGCGGGUGCACCUGUCCACCUUCCACCGGGGUUCGUGCGGCAGGAAUCCUCGCACCGUCUCCACUUGCUCCUUUUGCGGCAUCACGGUCCGGAACAACUACCUGAAGACCCACAUCCGCGACAUCCACAUGGGCUCGGAUCCCGUGCAGUGCGGGACGUGUCACAAGCUCUUCAAGUCCAAGAACAGCCUCAACUCGCACAUGUUUCGCUACCACAGGAAGGACAAGAACUAG